AUGCUCUCGCGCGUGGCGCUGACGGGGACUAUUGAAACGGAAGCGGCGAAAGCCGACGCCUUGGUGUGGUGGGAAAUCGCACUAUUUAAGGGCAAAAACCGAUUUGCUGUGGGGGGCGUCAUGUCGCUCAACUUCCUCGGGAAGAAGAGCUUCCACCCGAGCGCGCCGCAGAACGUGGCGAAGCUCUGGAAGGCGGAGGAGAAGAAGCGGCUCGAGGCGGAGAAGAAGAAUGAGCUCGCGCGGGAGCAUGCGAUGGAGGAGUCGCGCCGCCACGCCCGCUCGCUCAUGGCGGCGCGGCGCGGCGAGGUGAACAAGGAGCCGCCCGCGUCGAUGGACUUCAUGUACCAGAAGCCUCCCGGGCUGGCAGAGGCGUCGCAGCGCAAAAAGGUGGAAAGGCCCGCCGACAAGGAGGCCGAGCGCUUCCCGCUCCUCAAGGACGCGCCGCGCGCGGGCGUGCAUGAGCUCGUCAACGAGGUCCAGCACCAGCCGUUUGGCGUCAAGCUCAACAACGUGCAGUGCCGCGCGUGCGGCCAGUGGGGCCACUCGGUCGGCGACCGCGAGUGCCCGAAGCGCAACGAGCUGACGGCGGGCGAGGUGGACGCGAGGGCGCGGCUCGACCCGCAGUACGUGCUGGGCGACAUGGAGGAGGCAGCGGCCUUGCAGGCGGGGAGCGGUGAGCCGGGGCUGAGCGAGCUCGACCCGGAGCUCCUCGCGACGCUGAGCGAGAAGCAGCAGCGGCAGCUCCUCAAGAUCAUAUUAUUUGGAGUAUCGACCUGA